AUGGUGUCAGGAGGAAGACCGGAAGGGGCUGGUGAGGUGGCGCAGGGAAGCCAGGCCAUGGGUCUGACGAGUCAUGGUUUUAAUCUCUGUGGUGUGUUUGACGAUAUCAGCGCAAACGUACACAUCAUUGGACCACUUAUGAAAGGCGUAGUUCUGCGUUCCCUCGAAUUCAACGAUGCCGACAUUAAGGAGCCCCAGACCAACGCAGAGGAGAAACUUCAAGAGAUGGACUUCGGACUGGCCAAGACCAAUGAGCUUGUAACCUUCGUGGGUGGCAGCGGAGGAGAUGGAGGCGAAGACGAAGAGCCCUGGACGAACGACUGGGAGGCCGAUACUCCCUCAGCCACGGCUCCUUUAGUCGACGGCAUCGACAAUGACGGAUUUAUUCCUAUUGGCAGUGAUCCCGCGAGCCUCGAGUUCCAGAAAGAGUACCGAGACGUUGUGGAGGGUUCGCAGCGCGCAACGAACAGCUCCACCACAGGCAGCGCUCCGCCACCGAAAGACAACAUUGACGGUGACUUAGGUGCGUGGUGCCCAGGAUUCCAACAGCACAAGAAGGAGCUGACACAAGGCCAUAGAAGGGAUAGGGAAGAAAGGCCAAGGACAGGCGAUUAA